GUACACCACGGAUAUACAAGAUUAACAUUAAAAUGGCUAUAUCUAAUACCAAUACUACUAUUUCUCCCGUAGCAAGUAAUUAUGUAGAUACUAAAUCUCCACAUUUUACCACUACAUUUAAUACCCAUACUGCUAUUUCUUCUGUAACUCAUAGCACUCAAUCUCCACAUUCUACUACUAGAUCUAAUGCCAAUACCGCUAUUUCUCCUGUAGUAACUCAUGAU